AUGGAUCCGAACAACCCGAACAAUCCUAACAACCCGAAUCGCCUGAAUAUGAAUUUCGGGUAUGACCAGAACUACAAUGCGGCCAACAACCGUGCCUAUCCCACCACCCCCUCCGCGUUUCCCCAGCCGAUCUACCAGACUCAGGGGGCCCAGGACUACGUCGAUCCCUCCAAUCCCGCCUACGCCCCGGGAUACUUCGUGAACAACGGCUAUGCCCCUCAACAGCAGCAGUAUGCCCAGCAGCAGCAGCAGCAGCAACAGCAGCAACAGCAACAGCAGCAGUACGCACAACAGCAAGCAUUGCAGUCGCCCCAGCCCGCCUACCAAACUCGCAUGGGUUACGCCAACGACGGCACCAAUGGUCUCAUUCAACAAUUCUCCAACCAGGACCUGAACGCCAACCGUGGGAACUUCUUCAACCGCGCAGCCUCUCCUGCCCAGCGACCUCGUACCGCCGGCGGUUCCCCCGCCGCAGGCCCAACCCAGGCCGCACACUUGGCUCCUCCGGUGCCUCGUAGCCCUCGACCCCCGGCGGAGAAUGAGGAGCUGCAGCGAUUCCCAGAUCGCUAUUCAGAGAAUGUGCACAAGCGAGGCAAGGCCGCAAAGGAGCUGGUGACGGUCUUCUUCCAUGAGAACAUCGAAAGGGCCCGGGAUCGCAACAUGCGUUCCGUGGACCUUGACAAGACCCUCCGUGAUACCAACGUCCCCUCCGAGCAGAAGCGCCAGGAUGCCGAGUCCAUUUCGAAGCAGGAAUCUGACUUCCUCCGUUUCCUGCGAACUAAGGAGACCCCACAGAACUUCCAGACCAUCAAGAUCAUCGGCAAGGGUGCUUUCGGUGAGGUAAAAUUGGUGCAGCGCAAGACCGACGGCAAGAUCUAUGCCCUCAAGUCUUUAAUCAAGACGGAGAUGUUCAAGAAGGACCAGCUGGCACACGUUCGUGCCGAGCGUGAUAUUCUGGCGGACUCAAAGGACAACCCAUGGCUCGUGAAGCUGCACGCGUCCUUCCAGGACACGGCUUACCUGUAUCUUCUGAUGGAGUUCUUGCCUGGUGGUGAUCUGAUGACGAUGCUCAUCAAGUAUGAGAUUUUCUCGGAGGACAUUACCCGGUUCUACAUGGCUGAGGUUGUCAUGGCCAUCGAAGCUGUCCACAAGCUUGGCUUCUUGCACCGUGACAUCAAGCCUGAUAACAUUCUUCUUGACCGGGGUGGUCACGUCAAGCUGACUGACUUCGGUCUGUCGACCGGAGGCAAGAAGACCCACGACAAUGCCUACUACCAGAACCUACUCAAGAACUCAACAUCAAAGGACCGGAACCGCAAUUCUGGUUACUUCAACGAUGCCAUCAACUUGACUGUUUCGAACCGUGGCCAGAUCAACACCUGGAGAAAAUCCCGUCGUGCCAUGGCGUACUCGACUGUCGGAACCCCCGACUAUAUUGCCCCUGAGAUCUUCAACGGCCAGGGUUACACCUACCUUUGCGAUUGGUGGUCCGUUGGUGCCAUCAUGUUCGAGUGUCUCGUCGGCUGGCCUCCGUUCUGUGCUGAAGACACCCACGACACCUACCGGAAGAUCGUUAACUGGCGCGAAUGCCUUUACUUCCCUGAUGAGCUGGUUCUCUCUCGUGACUCUGAAUCGUUGAUCCGAAGCUUCUUGUGUGAUCCUGAGCACCGCAUCGGCAGCGAGGGCGGCCAGCAUGGUGGCGCAACUCAGAUCAAAAACCAUCCGUUCUUCCGCGGUGUUGUGUGGGAGCAGCUUCGGAGCAUUCGUGCGCCGUUCGAGCCGCGUCUCAGUUCCAACAUCGAUGUGUCCUACUUCCCGAUUGACGAGAUCCCCCAGGAGGAUACCAGUGCCAUUCACCGUGCCCAGGCCCGCGCCAUGCCAGACUCCCAGGAAGCCGAGAUGAGCUUGCCCUUCAUUGGCUACACCUACAAGGCCUUCAACGCUUUCCAGGGCAGCUAG